AUGGGAGAACUCCAUGUAGUGUUUGCAGUCAAUUGCAAUACUUGUUCUUACACGAAAGCAGAGUUACUUGGGGUGAUGAGAGGCUUGGCUAUAACAUGGAAUGGAGGAAAUCACAAAGUUCAACUAACGGUGGACUCCAAGACGGUGGUCCGUUUUCUGGUGGAGGAAGCUCUUGCCCAUUCUCUACACAUUCACAUUAUUAGAAAGUGCAAAUCCCUCAUUCAAUGGAAGGAGUGGGAGAUCACUUUUUCGCAUUGCUACUACAGAGAGGUUAAUCGGGUGGCUGACUGGUUAGCCUACUUUGGAGUUAAUCUCGAUCGUAAGGUGACAAUCUUUGAGGCGGACCCAAUGGGCUUUCAAGCCGUUUUAUUGGAGGACUUGGGAGGGUUGACCCAUUCGCGACUUGUUCCUGUUGGUAGCUUGGCAGGAGAGAGAAUGGAUAGGCUUGUUCUUGUUUUGUUAUGUUCUGUUGUUCAAUUUGUAUGGAAUAAUUAG